AUGCCUCACACUAUCCUGACCAAAAGCCCCAGCCUCCUCUGCCUCCCAUCCGUGUAUACAUCCGGUCACAGCAACAUCACCAACACCCAAGAUGACCAAGAGGAUUUGUUCGGAGACUCACCAGAGGAGAUUGACCCCGAGAUACUACAAGAGAUCCUCGGCAAAGACCGUGAACAAGAGGCCGAGGACGAGGGCCCGGCCCCGGCCCCACAAGGCCACAACCCAGUCUCCUCUUGCCGCGCAGGCCACAAACGCCAAAAACCCUCGGCGUUGUGGAAACGGGCCAAGCAACAGUAA